AUUUGUAUAUUUCCCCACACGAAAAUCCAACACGUUAAGCACACAAUUGUAAAUUUAUACACAAAUUUAUAUUUGAGAUAGAAUAGACUGCAGAAUGCUUACGCAGUUUUUGCCACAGAAAGGUUUGCUGCUGCUGCGGCGCUGGCAGCUGGGCAACUCGCCGCUCUUGCAGCCAAAUAAGGAUUACGCCGAGAUGAGGAAAAUCAGCCAGGAUGUCGGCAUGCUGAGUAAGAACAAGGCAGCAGCGACACCGGCGCCGGCCAAGGCUUGUGAGCAAAAGGCGCCGGUACCGCCGCCCGCGGGGAUGUUGUCCAAUACGAAAACGGAUUUUGGUCCGCUCACCGAUUGCGAUCGCAUCUUCCAGAAUCUGUACGGCCGGCUCGAUUGGCGGCUGAAGGGCGCUUGCGCGCGCGGCGACUGGUAUCGCACCGCCGAUCUGCUGGAGAUGGGCCCACAGUGGAUCAUGGACGAGGUGAAGCGCAGCGGGCUGCGGGGACGCGGCGGCAGCGGCUACUAUGCGGGCAGCAAAUGGGAGCAGCUGCAAAAGGUGGAAUCCAAGGACAAGAUACUCAUACUCAAUUGCGCCGAGGGUGAGCCGGGCACGUGCAAGGAUCGGGAAAUCCUGCGCCACGAGCCGCACAAAAUUAUCGAGGGAUGCCUGCUGGCCGGCUUUGCCAUGGGCUGCGAAAAGUGCAUCAUCUAUGUGCGGAAUCGUUUCUACAACGAGGCCUGCAAUCUGCAGUUCGCCCUGGCCGAGGCCUAUCGCUACGGCCUGAUUGGCUGCAACUCCUGCGACACGGGCAUCAAAUUUGAGAUACACGUGCAGCGCGGCGAUCGUUAUCUAACGGGCGAGGAGACGGCCCUGGUGAAUUGCCUGAUGGGCAAGCUGGCACGUCCGCGCAAGCGUCCGCCCUAUCUGCACGAGAAGGGCUACUUCGAUCAUCCCUCCACGGUCAUCAAUACGGAGUCCCUGGCCGUGGUGCCGACCAUCCUGCGACGCGGCGCCAAGUGGUUCACCAGUCUGGGACGCAACAUGAAUUUCGGCACCAAACUGUUCAACAUCAGCGGCCAUGUGCUGCAUCCCUGCACCGUGGAGGAGGAGAUGUCCAUGCCGUUGCGCGACAUUAUUGAGAUGCAUGCCGGCGGCGUUUGUGGCGGUUGGAAUAACUUGUUGGCCGUCUGGCCGGGCGGACUGUCCACCCCGCUGCUUGGCCGAGCGGCCGCCGAGGAGGUGCUCAUGGACUACGACGCCCUGGAGGCGAAGGGCAGCGAACUGGGCACCGGCGGCAUCAUAGUCGUCUGCAACGAUUGCGACCCGCUGCUCGUCAUGCAGCACACCAUCGAGUUCUACAUGAAGCAGACGUGCAAACAGUGUACACCGUGCCGCGAUGGCGCCAUCUGGCUGCCCGAGAUCUUCAAGAACUUCACCCGAGGCGAGUCUGUGCCGCACAUGAUGGACUUUAUCGAGGUCAUCAGCAAGACCAUGACCGGCACGACCAUCUGUGCCCUGUCCGACAGCCAGGCGAAUGUGGCCCGCGGACUCAUCCAGCACUUUGCGCCCUACAUCGAGGAGCGCAUCCUCGAAUAUAUCAACGAUGAUGGUUCAAGUUAAAACGGCAGCCGUGCAUGUAUCGUUUGUUGUUUGCCUAAUAAAUUGAUUUUCCAAUUGCAU